GGGCUGCGCUCCAACGUCCUCCUGUCCUUCGAUGACACCCCCGAGAAGGACAGCUUCAGGGCCCGCAGCACAAGCCUCAACGAGAGGCCAAAAAGUUUAAGACUAGCCAAAAAUGCCAAGCAAGGCUUGAAUAACUCUCCUCCAGUGAAAGAGCUGAAAGAACCCUCUGCAGUUGAUGCCUUCCGGUCCCGCAGCAUCAGUGUGUCUGAACAUGUGGUUCGCAGUCGGAUCCAAACCUCCAUCACCAGCUCCAGCCUGGGCUCUGCAGAUGAGAAUUCAAUGGCUCAGGCUGAUGACAACCUAAAGAAUCUGCACCUGGAGCUCACGGAGACCUGCCUGGACAUGAUGGCUCGAUAUGUCUUCUCCAACUUCACUGCAGUGCCUAAGAGGUCUCCUGUGGGUGAGUUCCUGUUGGCUGGAGGAAGGACCAAGACAUGGCUGGUUGGUAACAAACUGGUGACCAUCACUACAAGUGUUGGAACAGGGACAAGGUCCUUGCUUGGCCUGGACUCUGGAGAGUUCCAGAGCACCACAGAAUCAAGCUCAGACCCUGUUUUGCAAGUGAGGCAGACAAAAGAAGCCCCAGCCAAGCUGGAAUCUCAGCCUGGGCAGCAAGUUUGCAGGAGCUCUCGCAGCAGAGUUCGAUCCAUGUCGGGUGGCCAUGCCUUACGUGUUGGUGCCUUGGACAGCUCAGCCUCCCAUUUCCCCAGUGGCUCAGCUUCCCACGGGGCACAGGGUGCUCCUGCCCCUGCAGCUCGCUCAGAGAAGACUAAUCCUGCUCCACAGACACCUCUCCAGAAAGAAAAGGCAAACUUGGCUGCCUAUGUCCCUCUGCUGACACAGGGCUGGGCAGAGAUCCUGGUGCGCAGACCCACAGGUAACACCAGCUGGCUGAUGAGCCUGGAGAACCCUCUGAGCCCAUUCUCCUCAGACAUCAACAACAUGCCCCUGCAGGAGCUCUCCAAUGCCCUGAUGGCUGCAGAGCGCUUCAAGGAGCACCGGGAAACGGCUCUCUACAAAUCCCUGUCCGUCCCCUCCUCCAGUUUACCCACAGGGACAGCCAAACCCUCCCUCCUGCAGCGCUCCAACACAGUGGCCUCUUUCUCUUCCAUGUACCAGUCCAGUUGUCAAGGGAAGUUGCACAGGAGCAUAUCCUGGGCAGAGUCUGCUGUGGUGCUGGAGGAAGGGAAUGUGGGGGAGAUGGAACUGAAGGAAACUGAAUCCCCAGUGGAGUCUCCAGAGAGUGAAGACAUGGAGACGUCGUGCUCCGAACACAUCCUGAGUGAGGAGAGGUUUGGGAAAGCACAGGAGUCCUACAGCAGGUCCUCUUCAACCUCCAGCCAAGAAGAUAAAUCCAUGAAGUCAGAAGACCUGGUAGAGGGUGGAAUUCCCAUUGGGAGAGAGGAUGGCAGGACACUGGAGGAGCUCUCCUUCCAGCCAUCCCAACCCCUCAGCAAGUCCAGCUCCUCCCCAGAGCUCCAGACCCUGCAGGAAGUGCUCAAGGAUGCCAACGGCAGAGAAGUGCCGAGGAGGCUGAGCUCGGAAGUGAAAUCCAAGUCCCAGUCUGGAAACCUGGAAGGGGAAGGGCUGGGCAGCUGGCUGGGCCGGGGGGAGGACCCCAGGGUGAUGGGCUCAGGGGGGUUGGAUGGCUCUGGAGCUGCCACCUCCCCUCGGUCGCCCUCGGGGCACCGUCCCCGCGGGUACACCAUCUCAGACUCGGCCCCGUCGAGGAGAGGGAAGAGGAUUGAGAGAGAUGCCUUCAAGAGCAGGACAGCAGCUUCCAAUGCUGAGAAAGUGCCUGGCAUAAACCCGAGCUUUGUGUUCCUGCAGUUGUACCACUCCCCGUUCUUUGGAGAUGAAAACAACAAGCCCCUCUUGCUGCCAAAUGAGACGUUUGAGAGGUCAGUGCAGCUCCUGGAUCAGAUCCCAUCCUAUGACACACACAAGAUUGCAGUGCUCUACGUUGGGGAAGGUCAGAGCAACAGCGAACUCGCCAUCCUGUCCAAUGAACAUGGCUCCUAUCGCUACACAGAGUUCCUCACUGGCCUGGGGAAGCUCAUUGAGCUCAAGGACUGUCAGCCAGAUAAGAUCUACCUCGGUGGCCUGGACGUGUGUGGGGAGGAUGGGCAGUUCACCUACUGCUGGCACGAUGACAUCAUGCAAGCCAUUUUCCACAUUGCUACUCUGAUGCCCACAAAGGACUUAGACAAAAAUCGCUGUGACAAGAAGAGGCACCUGGGGAAUGACUUUGUUUCCAUCAUUUACAAUGACUCUGGAGAGGACUUUAAACUGGGAACAAUAAAGGGGCAGUUCAACUUCGUGCACGUGAUCAUCACACCCCUCGACUAUGACUGCAACCUGGUGACGCUGCAAUGUCGGAAAGACAUGGAGGGGCUGGUGGACACAAGUGUUGCCAAGAUCAUCUCUGACAAGAACCUGCCCUUUGUGGCCCGGCAGAUGGCCCUGCAUGCCAAUAUGGCUUCCCAGGUCCACCACAGCCGGUCAAACCCCACUGACACCUACCCCUCCAAGUGGAUUGCCAGGCUGAGGCACAUCAAGAGGCUCCGGCACAGGCUCCGUGAAGAAACACAGUACCAGAGCCCAGGCCUCCCCCUGCAGAUGCACCCCCCUGCCCCCACAAAGGCUCCUGCCCAGGUGCCCCAGGACCCCCCUGCCACCUAUGAGACAGGGCAAAGGAAGAGGCUCAUCUCCUCUGUGGAUGACUUCACCGAGUUUGUGUAG